GCCCUUCUGAGUAAUGGAAACAGUCACAAAGUUGUUUGCACCAUGGAGCGACCAUCCUCUUCCGCAAUGCAAAUGAUUUAUGCAGAGCUUGCUGCCGUCAAAGCACAGAAUGCGCGCCUGGAGGAAGAGAAUGUACUGCUGCGCCAUAGACUGAACCGGGCAACAACAGAUCAUCACACAAGUGCCACGGUGAACGUGGAAUCGAAGAUCAAGGCCUUCCAGUUGGAGGAGGAACGCGAUCGCAUUCUGGAGACACUGCAGACGCACAAGAAGAAAUACAAUAAGCUGCACGAUGCAUAUCUGGAGAAGGUCAAGCGUUGCAAGGCGCUGGAGGAGAUGUUCAAGCGACAAAAGACGCUAACGGGGCUGGUUAUGAAAUCCGCCAUUGCCCAACGGAAUACGGAGCAACAACUGAUGCAGGAGAAGCGUCAGUCACAGCAAAGCAAGGGCAGCGAAGCGGAAGUGGAGCAGCUGCAGGCGAAGCUGGCCAAGAUGCAAGCGGCGCUGGAUGAGUCCUAUGACAUUAUUGAUGAAAUGGACUUUGAGCUGGAAAGCGUUGACUUGCUCGAGAUGCAGAAUCGAAGUUUGCACGAAGAGCUGGCCGCGCUGAAGGCGCAACUGGCGACGGCGGCGCCGCCAGCGCUGCCAUUAGCUGCCUGCCCCACUGAUGAUGACGAUGAUCCACCGCCCAAAUACGAAGCUGGCGACACAUUUCCCGAACAGGCGCGACGCAAUCAUCGCCAGCACGUGACCUCGUCCACCUGUGCCAGCUGCCUAAAGAUCGACGAUGCCGAUGCCGAUUCGCUGGAACGCGCUGCGAUGACACACAGUCUUAUGCAAAAUGUUGAGGCGGAGAGCAAUAAUCUGAGACGCGAACUGCUGCGCUCGCGCUGCCAACGCACAAUACGCUGCAAGCUGGAGAAAGAGAGGGAAGAUGAAGAUUGAAAGCAAUUAUUUGGAUUAUUUAUUGAAUUAAUAAUAUAUAAUUAUACAAAUUA